AUGUCUGUACUUCUUGAUCUGUGCGUGACGGGCGUGCUGGGGACGGCAAUAAGCGUCGUGUACUGGCUGCUGAAGCACUGGUGGAUUGACGCGCAGUACGGGUGGUACUUGCCACCAGGCCCGAGGCGGAUCCCCCUGCUCGGAAACGCGCACCAAGUCGGCCUCGCCGGCCAGCACAAAACGUUCGCAGAAUGGAGCAAGCGCUACGGGGACGUCGUCUAUAUGCGCGUCUUCAGCAAGCCAGCGCUCGUCCUCAACUCUGUCGAAGCAGCCCGCGACCUCCUCGACAAGCGCAGCGCAAAGUACUCCGAUAGACCUCACUUCACCCUUCUCGUCGAUAUGUUUGGCUCGGACCCAAAUCCUGCCCUCAUGCCCUAUGGCCCCUGGUGGAGGCAGCACCGCGUCUGGCUGCACGCCGGCCUGAUGGACAAAGAGAGCCUCAGCAUGUACCAACCCAUCAUACGCAGCGAGACGGGCAAGCUCGUCUCAGCAUUGAUUAAGUCGCCGGACGACUUCGUCGCACAUAUCAAAAGGUUUGUAGGUGGCUUGAUGAUGGAAAUCGCAUACGGGCACACAGCGGUGUCUGCGGACGACGAGCUAAUCACGCUAGCAGACACCGUGGUCCGGGAGGCGAUGGAUUCCGGCAGCAUAGCAGGAACGCUAGUCGAUUACUUCCCUUCGCUGAGAUGCAUACCAACAUGGCUCCCCGGAGGCAGGUUCAAGCGGAGAGCUGCGCGCAUCCGCGGGAUGAUGCGCGAGAUGUACGAUCGGCCGUAUGAGCAGGCGAAGGCCGCGAUGGCACGCGGCAUGGCCAAGCCCUCGUUCUUGACUUCCUUACUCGAGAAUAUGGCCGCGGACGGUGACUUGACGCCUGAACACGAAGAGCAUCUGAAAGGUGCUGCGAUCGUUCUGUACACAGGCGGCACGGACACGACAAGCGCCGUACUCGCAACCUUCUUCCUCGCCAUGACCCUGCGCCCAGAGGUCGCGAAGAAGGCACAAAACGAGAUUGACCGCGUCGUCGGCAGCGCGAGACUACCUGACUUUGAGGACAGGACGUCUCUGCCAUAUAUCGAGUGCAUCCUCUCAGAACUGUACCGAUGGAACCCCCCACUGUACCUCGGCGUCCCACAUCGACUCACCGCGGAUGACGAUUACCGCCGCUGGCACAUUCCCGGCGGGUCGAUGGUCAUCCCCAAUAUCUGGUGGAUGCUGCGAAAUCCCGGCUGGUACUCCGACCCGGACGCGUUCCACCCGGAACGCUUCCAAGAGGUAGACUCGUCUCUUGCGGAAAAGAGUCCGCGCAACCUCGUCUUCGGUUUUGGUCGACGGAUAUGCCCUGGACGGCAACUCGCCGACCAGACACUCUGGCUCGCCAUCGCUACCAUACUAACGAUGUUCGACAUCCGUAGGGCGCGCGACGCACAGGGCAACGAGAUCACGCCCGAGGCCGUGUUCGUGUCCGGGGGCAUUAGCCAUCCGAAGCCUUUCCGGUGCGACAUCCGCCUACGGUCGCAGGACGCAGCUGGUCUCGUACGAAAAUUCAGUGGCGGUGUGACCUGAACGCGCGUAGUUGAUGCGUACGUGGUAACAUGAACGCCGUUUCAGGUAGCCGUCGGGGAAAGGCUCAACUUGCUGCAGCUGGUUCUGACAGGGGGGCACGCUCUUUUCACGCGCAUACUGUAGCAGCAACGCUCAGGCAACUGUCAUGGUAUACCCUGCAUGUACCCGUAGAAGCCUAGCUUCGUCACGAUGCCGUCUUUGUUUGCAUUCUGGGUUAUGAUUGAGAUUCAUUGCGCUAGUCUAGGGCUCGCGGUUUUCCGAUCUACUCACGGAUCCCUAGAGCAUCUUGAUGUGAAGCUCCAUUGCGGGAAAUGUCAUGUUGAGA